AUGGCCACACUACUCCAAAAACCCAGAGCAUUCGUUGUGCACUUGCCAGGGUUCGUCUAUCAGAAGCAAAUCCUUUCUACGCUUUAUCCUAUUGCUGCCGGUGAGACCAGCGCAAUCACCGUCAACGAGGAGCAGGUCCUUAUUCGCAAAAAUCUAUGGCUGUGUUUAAGUAGCCUACGACAACAUCAUGGAGAUACGAGUUUCAGACUUUGGGUGGAUUUCUUGUGUAUCAAUCAACGCGAUAUCCCCGAGAGGAACUGGCAAGUCAAGAUGAUGGCCGACAUCUACACUUCAGCCACUGGCGUCUUUGCAUGGCUCGGCAGUGCAACAGCGGACAGUGAGAUUGCAUUCGACUACCUGGACAGAGCACGCUAUUUGCGCCAGCGAAAGGCCAAGCACUCUGCCAUUCAAAGAGGCUACAAAGCUGGUAAGCGCGCCGUUACCAAUUUGAUCAGCCGCUCGUACUGGGGCCGACUUUGGAUCAUCCAAGAGGUGUUACUUGCUCAAAAUCUCUGGAUUGUGGCAGGGUUUCGGUCUACGGAUUGGGAUACUUUGAGAUAUGUCGCCCAGCCGCGUCAAUCAUCAUCCAGUAACCGUGUGAAGCCACAGAGUGCAAAUAAGCAGAUCUUCACCUCGAUUUGGACACUGAAACGAGGCAAGGUUGUCGCAAGACCAAUGCACGGCCUCAUGCGUCUGUUCCACGCAGCUCUUUGCCAGGAUCCGAGAGACGGACUUUAUGGCCUUUUAGCUAUGACUGACGAGGCCACUCGAGCUGCAGUCCGCGUCGAGUACGGAAGCCCGGUUCUACAGGUGCUCACGGCCAAUUACGCGCUCUGGUCAGAUGGCACAGCUUGGUCUCAACGCAAUGAAGCCAAAGGCUGUGAGGGAAGCCCACUGCUCCCUCCAAAUUCAGAACUGUGGUCAGCUAGUACGAAGUGGUCGACACGAGAGGUAGCAACAAUUCCUUCCGGUACAGCACACGAUCCGAUUAUCUUCAUCAGAACAACGGAUGCAAUCUACUCGAUGUAA